AUGAAGAAGUUAAAACUUAAGUUUAUAAAUUAUCUAUUUUCUUAUAUCUAUCUUGAGGAAAUGCUUAUCACUUGCUGAGACUAUAGAAGAUUCUCCAAUAUUGAAGCAUUUAAAUUAAGCUUAAUGAAUAAAAUCACUGAUUGCAUAACGUUCAAUCGCACAGUUCUGAAAUUUUUGGUCUCAGCGCUUUUCAACCGUUUUAUGAUUUUUUAA